AUGCCCUGGGUAUCACCGCUGCCACGGCGGCUGUGGGGCUGGCCCAACAUGAAGGCAGUUGUCACCGCUGGGGUGUUUAUAACCAUCCUCUGGAACCUGAGGUACUUCCUCAACCCCUCUGAGGUCUCUGGAGAAGCCUCCAAGCAGACUGAGCCGCUGGUGGUCCUGGUAUGGAAAUGGCCCUCAAAGCAGGUCCCCAACAUCAGUGGGGACGUCUGCCAUGAGCUGUAUGGCAUCGCAGGCUGCUGGGUCACCACAGAGCGGCAGCUCCUGGGCCAGGCAAAUGUGGUGGUGUUCCCCCAUGCCAGACUCCAGCCCGGCAGGGACAGGCUGCCCAAGGAGAGGCCACCAGGGCAAAACUGGGUAUGGGUUUCCCUGGAGUCCCCAUCCAACACUAAAGCUCUGGCAGGAUGGAACCAGACCUUCAACUGGGUGAUGACCUACAGACAGGACUCAGACAUCUUCAUCCCCUAUGGCAAACUUGUGCCAAACCUGUCAGGCACUGUGAACAUCCCCACAAAGACCAACUUGGUGUCCUGGGUUAUCAGCAAUUACCACAGGACUCAGAAAAGAGCUGAAGUCUACAAAAACCUCUCCAGGUACCUCCACGUGAACAUAUAUGGGAAAGCAAACAAAAAGCCUCUUUGCAAGGACUGCCUCUUGCCAACAACAUCCAAGUCCAAGUUCUACCUGGCCUUUGAGAACUCCAUCCACCAAGACUACAUCACUGAGAAGCUCUGGAGGAACUCGCUGAUGGCCGGCACUGUGCCUGUGGUGCUGGGGCCUCCCCGGGCCAACUAUGAGCAGUUCAUUCCUGCAGACUCCUUCAUUCAUGUCGAUGACUUUGGUUCCCUGGCAGAGUUGGCCACCUUCCUGAAGACUAUGAACUCCAGCCGUUACCAGCAGUUCUUCGCCUGGCAGAAGAGGUACAGCGUGAAGCUCUAUGCCGACUGGAGGGAGCGGAUCUGCACCAUCUGCACCGCCUACCCCAGCCUGCCCCGCGGCCAUGUCUAUCCUGACCUGGAAAGCUGGUUUAACAGCUAA